UUUAAAAUUAUUUUGCCUCUUGUAUUUAGAGUAUUAAUUUCUACUCCAUUCUUUAGGCAAUUUUCAAUUUCUUUAAAAGAAAAUAGCUAACCAUUUUUCAACCUCUGUUCACAUACUAUUUUUAACAUUAGUAUCUUAUUGUUACUAUAUUACUAGGAUCAAAACAUUUACAAUUUCUUCCUAAACAUAUGCAAUAAUAGCAAUAUGGCGCCACGCAGAGAUCACCGGUCUAACCAAAAUUCGGUCAAAUCAUCAAAGAAAAACGUGAAGAAAUGGUACGAAAACUAUUUAGAAUGGGAGAAACACGUUUCUUUAUUUACAGACCCAAAGAAAAUUUUCCUGAUAGGAAGAGUGUUUAUAAUCCUGGAAAUUGUUUUGAACAUAUUGGUUAUCGAACGUGUACCAUACACUGAAAUUGAUUGGAAAGCAUAUAUGCAAGAGGUCGAGGGCUUUUUAAACGGCACAAUGGAUUACUCGAAACUGAAAGGUGAUACUGGACCAUUGGUUUAUCCAGCAGGAUUUGUUUACACAUUUUCCGCGCUGUACUACAUUACGGACCACGGAGUGAAGAUCAAAAUAGCACAGUACAUCUUUGCAGGUCUUUACAUAAGCCUACUUAUGCUGGUCUUUCGCAUUUAUGCGAGGACAAAAAAAGUUCCUCCUUAUGUUCUUAUUAUUAUGUGUUGCACAUCUUAUCGUGUCCAUUCUAUAUUUACUUUGAGACUUUUUAAUGAUCCAAUUGCAAUGUUUCUAUUAUUUGCGAGCUUAAACGCAUUUCUAGAUGAUCGCUGGUACUUAGGAAGUGUUCUUUACAGCUUAGCUGUAUCCAUUAAAAUGAAUGUUUUAUUAUUUGCACCGGCUCUGUUGACUGCUUACUUGUGUAACUUAGGAUUAUUGAAAACAAUAAUCCAUUUGUUCAUUGCUGGCUCAAUUCAGUUAAUGUUAGGUCUUCCUUUUAUAAUCAACAAUCCUUUAGCCUAUAUUAAAGGUUCAUUCGAUCUUGGAAGAGUUUUCGAAUUUAAGUGGACUGUUAAUUGGAGAUUCUUGCCAGAACAUGUUUUCAUUCAUCCGUAUUUCCAUGUAUCAUUGUUGGUAUUGCACAUAUUGACUCUUAUUUAUUGUGCACCAAAAUGGAUAACAUAUAUGAAAUCGUAUGCCAAAUUAAAAGCGGUAGAAAAAAGUCUGCAGCCUCAAUUAAAAAAGAAAGAAAAAGUGGAUAUGUCUGUUAUGAGUCAACUAUUCAUUUUACCAAUGUUUGCUGCCAAUUUUAUUGGUAUUGCAUUCAGUAGAUCACUGCAUUAUCAAUUUUAUGUAUGGUAUUAUCAUACACUUCCUUAUGUUGCAUGGUGUACAAAUUAUAAGACUGUUGUAAAGUUGACCAUUUUAGGUAUCAUAGAAUUAUGUUGGAACACUUAUCCAAGCACAGUCUUUAGUAGUGUUUCAUUACACAUAUGUCAUCUAAUGUUGUUUUAUGGAGUUAUUAAAGAUAAAUCUGGCCAUGAGAAAGAGAAAUAAAAACUUAGGGACCAUGUUUGUGUACUAUUUCUUAUCCCCUACUCUUCCACAUGAUUAUUUAAUUUUUUAAUGGAUUCUGCGGCUGGAAUGUUUUGUUACAUCUAUUUCUAUGAUGAAGAAAUCAUUUUUACAUUUUAUUUCAUAAAAAUGACAGAAAACAAAACUAUGUCAUUGUAUUUUAUAUAAGAAAGAAUUGUAAGAGAAAUGUGAUUGAUACAAUAAGAUUGUAAAUACAUCUAUACAGGUCGAAGUAAUUA